CCCAGCCCUUGUGAGCACAGGUUCACCUCUCUCCUUCCCCUCCUACUCCUUGCUCCAGGCCAGCACCUUUGCUCCUUUAUUCUAGCUUCAGCAUCUGCCUCAAUCCAAAAAGCCCCAGCAAUGUCUCGCCAGUCCACUGUGAGGAUUCAGAGGGGGAGAAGUGGCUUCAGUGCUGCUUCAGCAGUGGUGCCCAACACCUGCCGGACCAGCUUCAGCUCCUGCUCCAUCACCCGCCUGGGCAGCUGCAAUGCUGGCAGUGGCUUUACCAGGGUUGGGGGUGGCUUUGGAAGCAAAAGCCUCUACAAUGUUGGUGGUUGCAAGAAGAUCUCCGUGGCUGGAAGGGGUGGCAGCUUCUAUGGCUCUGCAGGGUUUGGUGGUGGCGCCGGGAGCAUGUACGGGGGCGGCUUUGGUGUUCCAGCCAAUCUUGGCUAUGGAUAUGGGGCCUUUGGGGGUGGCCCUGGAUUCCCAGCUGGGGGCAUCCACGAAGUCUCCAUCAAUCAGAGCCUCCUGAAACCGCUCAACUUGGAGAUUGACCCCAACAUCCAAAGGAUCCGAAAAGAGGAGAAGGAACAAAUCAAAACCCUCAACAACAAAUUUGCCUCCUUCAUUGACAAGGUCCGAUUCCUUGAGCAACAAAACAAAGUGCUGGAAACCAAGUGGAGUUUGCUGCAGGAGCAGGGAAUGAAAACAGUGAGGAACAAUCUGGAGCCACUUUUCGAGACCUACAUCAACAACCUACGGGUGCAACUGAACUCAUUGCUGAGCGACAAGGGGAGGCUGGAGGGAGAACUUGUCAACACCCAGUACCUGGUCGAGGACUUCAAGAAGAAGUAUGAAGAUGAGAUCAACAGAAGGACCAUUGCAGAGAAUGAAUUUGUGACUCUCAAGAAGGAUGUAGAUGCUUCCUACAUGAACAAGGUGGAACUCCAAGCCAGGGCAGAUGCACUGAGUGAAGAAAUUAAUUUCCUGAGAGCACUUUAUGAAGCAGAGCUGUCCCAGAUGCAGACCCAGAUCUCUGACACCUCUGUGGUUCUCACCAUGGACAACAACAGGAACCUGGACCUGGACAGCAUCAUCUCUGAGGUCAAGGCACAGUACGAGGACAUUGCCAACCGGAGCCGGGCUGAGGCUGAGUCCUGGUACCAGACCAAGUACGAGGAGCUGCAGGCCACGGCUGGCAGGCAUGGGGACGACCUCCGGAACACCAAGCAGGAGAUCUCGGAGCUCAACCGCCACGUCCAGCGGCUCCGAUCUGAGAUUGACAGUGUGAAAAAACAGUGUGCAAACCUGAAAGCUGCCAUUGCCGAGGCCGAGGAGCGUGGGGAGCUGACCCUCAAGGAUGCCAGAGCCAAACUGGCCGAGCUGGAGGACGCUUUGCAACAGGCCAAGGCUGACCUGGCUCGGCAGCUCCGGGAAUACCAGGAGCUCAUGAAUGUCAAGCUGGCCCUGGACAUUGAGAUUGCAACCUACAGGAAGCUGCUGGAGGGCGAGGAGUGCAGGCUGGCUGGAGAUGGGGUCCCAGUGAACAUCUCCGUCACCAGAACAACAGUGGGAACAGGAUACGGAGGAGGGAGCAACCUCAGCAUGGGAGGGGGGAUCUGCAAUUUGGGGAACAGCUUCAACUGUGGGAGCAUUCCCGGGAUGAGCAGCACCACCCUCGGAGCCGGCAGCAGCUCUAGCAUGAAGUUUGUCUCCAGCUCCUCCACCAGAAGAAGUUACAGGAGCUAAAAUUCUCCUUCCAGUCACCACCAUGCACCACAAAGCACCGAAACUGGUCCUUUACUGGGGCAUGGUGGGGUCAAGCACAACCAGGGCCACCUGCACCCCAAGUCCUGUCCUACAGGAGCCCUACUUUAGGAACUCUCUCUCAGCUGUGUUGUCUCGCACACAUCCUGUUGGGCUCAGCCCUGGAACCUGAGUCUCACUGGGUUAAAUUUGCAGCUCGCUUGCUCCAGCUCAGCAAUUUUUUGGCCGGAUUUUGUAUAUAAAAUAUGUCCCAUGACUGUUUGUCUCUCUUCACUUUCUGGGGUUUGUCUAAUAAAAAUGCACAUGUAAUUUAUUCUA